AUGGGCCCGGCGCUCGUGGCCAUCCUGGGGCUGGCAGCGCUGCUGCCCGCGGCCGCGCUGCCCUGCGGAGCGCAGCGCCCGGACAGCGCCACGGCCUCCAAGCUGCCGGGGACCUGGCUGUACGUGGCAGGGGCUGCCCAGUUCCCCCAGCACCAGGUGGAGAUGCUGCUCAUCGACCACGCCUUGCUGCGCCUGGAGCCCGCGCCCGGCGGGCAGGAGCUGCUCAUCAGCCACUUCGUGGCCGUGGGGGACCAAUGUUUUACCAACAACCUCACCUACCUGGAAGUCACUGCUGGUAACGCCACGCUGGUGAAGAACGCCAUGACCCAGCAAACUGAGGGGAUGCUGAUGAACAUGAGCUCUGAAAACCUUUUACUCAUCCAGUACCAAAUGCAGAGGGAAAGGACAUACUUGGGGCAGUAUCUCUAUGCCAGGAACCUGAGCCUAAGCACAGCAGACCGGGAGGAAUUCGAGCAGCACGCCGAGUGCCUGGGGCUGAGGGCGGAGCAGAUCGUGUACGCGCCCUGGAAAACGGAGGUGUGUCAAGCGAAAGCAGCAGAAGGCAGCAGCAGCCCCCACCCAGAGCCCGGGGCUGCAGCCACAGCAUCCCCUGCCCCAGGCACCUCCUGGCCUGGGAGUGCAGGGAACUGACCCCACA